GUGGUAAAGAAAAUAAUUCUGGAGAGAUUUCCUUUUAAGUAGAGGUCUUCUCAUGUCUUCUAACUGGAUUAUCUACCCGCGUUCCUUGAUUGCUAUUCUUAUAGUUGGUCACUGGUUGAGAUGCCUAGAUCUUUAGGCUUUUCCUAAUAGAUAUCUUACGGGUCGAAGAACACAUUGUAUAAAUAAUAGCAUUUGAGUGGAAACCCCGUUCUUGAUGCAUCAUUCCUACCAUUCACCAACAGAAGACAGCAUCAUUAGGCACAAACCUCAACUUGUCCGUUUCUUUAGACCUUCACAAAACACACUCUAAUUAAGUUCCAAAACAAGCUCUCAUCAUUUGGUUUUCUUUUCCUUUUCCUUUUACCCUCUUCCUCUCUUUAAUACAUCCCUAGAAAAAAAAGAAACGAUAGAUCAUUGUAUGGUUUGUUGUAACACGCGCCAUAUUUUCAUUCAGAGAUGGAAUGUUUGAUUGUUGCUGGCCACCAAAUGAGCUGAUAAUUAUAUCUGAUAACACUUGUCACCUUUUAUUUGGAAAAUUCAUUAUUUCUUCCUUGAAGUUUUUAGCUUUUUGGGGCUCUGGUUCUGGCAGCAGCAGAUAUGAUGGAGUCAAUGGAGUCAUUUGUCCCGCCAGGAUUCCGUUUCCAUCCGACGGAUGAGGAGCUUGUUGGCUAUUAUCUCAGAAAGAAGAUGGCAUCCCAGAAGAUCGAUCUUGAUGUUAUCAGAGAUAUCGAUCUCUAUAGAAUAGAGCCAUGGGAUCUCCAAGAGAGAUGCCGGAUCGGGUAUGAAGAGCAGAACGAGUGGUACUUCUUUAGUCACAAGGAUAAGAAGUACCCAACGGGGACAAGGACUAACAGGGCCACCAUGGCAGGAUUCUGGAAGGCAACCGGACGUGAUAAGGCUGUCUACGAUAAAUCAAAACUCAUCGGAAUGAGGAAAACCCUUGUCUUCUACAAAGGGAGAGCCCCCAAUGGACAGAAAACUGACUGGAUAAUGCAUGAAUACCGGCUUGAAUCUGAUGAGAAUGGCCCUCCACAGGAAGAAGGAUGGGUCGUUUGCCGAGCCUUCAAGAAACGAACCAGUGGCCAAGCCAAGGGCCUGGAAGGGUGGGACUCGAGCUACUUCUACGAUGAACCCAGUGGAGUCAGCUCAGUGGUUGAUCCAGGUGAAUACAUAUCAAGACAAACCCCAAGCUUUCUAUCCCAGAAUUUCAUGUGCAAGCAGGAGGUAGAAGGGGACAGCUUAAGUAACUUCAUCCAAUCUGAUCAAUAUUUACAGCUUCCUCAGCUGGAGAGCCCAUCUCUGCCAAUCUUAAAGAGGCCGAGUUCAAUAUCACUAACAUCAGAAAAUAAAAAAAUGAAGAACGUGACUGAUUGGAGGGCAUUGGACAAGUUUGUUGCAUCACAACUAAGUCAAGAUCAAGAACGAUUUGAAGGCCAUGAACAGUCAAGCUUUGAUGCAGAAACUAACGCUGAUAUUGCAUUGCUGUUAUUGCAAGAGUGGUAGAAGAAGGAAGGGGAACAAGAGAAUUGAAGGUCAUGAAGGGCGAGAGAUGAAGAGGCUUUUAUUGGUACUGUAUUAUAAAUAUUUGAUGAUAUUAUAUACUGUAAAAUUAUGGUGGUGAAUGAGUGAAAAAACUCUGCCUCUCUCUCUCCCUCUCUUUCGAGAUCGAAAUGCAGGUAUUAUUUUACAUGAAUGAAUGGCAUAUUGGAUAGCAAAUAAGAAAUGGGUCAUGAAGGUCUACGUAGUUUCCAUUAACAAAGCUAGAAGCUGCUACCUGCACUGCUCUAAACUAAGCUACACAGUGCGACAGGAUUCAUGUAACUUUGACUAGUUGGCUUGCUACUUAAGAUUGAGGAUUAAUAAAAGUUUAUGUAAUAAUUAUGAUCAUUUCUAGUUUUAAAGGCUAUAAAUGUUUUCUAGUUUUGUA